CGCACACACACCCUCUAGGCGUAGUCAAAUAUGCAUGCCGUGCGUGCCGACCAAAACAGUCGCCUGCUUUCGGGUAAACACCAUUCAUGAAAUAGAGUGUACAAGCUUUGGCAAAACAACCUCUCCGCAUACUGGUAAAAGAAGAGGAUCAUUAAGCGGAUCAGGAGACAGAAUAGCUGGUUUCACCUGAACAGAAGAGAGACGAUUAUCCUAAUAGUGCGGACCAUCUUUAUCUCUUCUUCUCCCUUCUCAUCCGUCUGUCUGGCUGAGGUGAGAGCAAGGGGGUCCAUGGAGAGAGCUGUAAAUGGCUGAGGAGCUGUGUACCGGUUGGUUUCGCAUUGUUGCAGGUACAGUAGGCUCCUUGGAGAUAGAGGAAUGCAAAUCUGCAACCAUGAUGGAAGGAUUGAAAAAGCGUACCAGGAAGGCCUUUGGGAUACGGAAGAAAGAGAAGGACAAUGACUCUACGGGGUCCCCAGACAGAGACGGGGGUUCUCAGAAGAAGACCAACGGGGCCCCGAAUGGCUUCUACGGAGAUAUCGACUGGGACAGAUAUAACUCUCCUGAGGUGGAUGAUGAGGGCUACAGCAUAAGACCUGAUGAGGAGUCAGAAGAGGGAGCUACCACCAAGAAGUCCCACUUCUUCUCCUCUGAUGAGUCAGAAGAAGAGGAGGACCACCGGAAAAAGUUCAAAAUCAAGAUCAAGCCGCUGCCAGCUGAUCGUGUCGUGGCGGUGCCCUCGGUCGACGAGCUAAAAGCCUCCAUAGGCAAUAUAGCUCUUUCCCCGUCUCCUCUGAGGAGUCCGAGACGUAGCCCGGGUUUGAAAAGGAAUACAUCCAGUGAGGAGAUUGCCAGACCAAGGCGUGUCGUCCCUACUGUUCCAACUGUGGCCUCCCCACCAGCUCCAACACCACAACCCCCCAGCAGUCAACAGACACCUGUCCCUGAGGACACCACCGCCUUAUUUGGGCCUCCUUUGGAAACAGCCUUUGGAGAACAGAAAACUGAAGUGGUUGUCUCUGGGUCCGAUGCAUGGGGUACUUCUCUGUCAGAGCCAGAAUCCUCUUUGACAAGGUCCUUCCCAACAGGAACUCCACCUCCACUUCCACCGAAGAAUGUGCCACCCUCUCCCCCAACGACUGGCCCUCCCUCUGCAGAUGACGCUGCCUCUGAUUUUUCAGAAGUGUCAACAGAAGCAGACGGCAGGAAGCCCUCGAUAGCAGAUUUGGACAACAUUUUUGGACCGGAGCAGGCUCCCCCUGCUGGCGAGGAUACAGUUGACACGUGGGUCUGCUUCAGUGAAGAAUCUCCUAACCCCCCACCUACACCAAAGGACCGUGCACCUCCACUCCCCUCCUCCCCGCCUCCCCCAGAGGAACCAGCGCGUCAGUUACCAGCCUCCCCACCUCCACCCGAAUCUCCUGCCCCUCCCUUACCUACAUCACCACCUCCUCCAGAGGACCCUGCACCCCCUCUCCCUACCUCCCCUCCCCCAAAACAGGACCCUGUUCCCUCUUUACCAACCUCCCCGGCUCCCUCAGAGGAAUCUGCUGCGCCUCCUGUCCCUUCAGGUCCUCCCACGCCUGAAGACCGAAAUCCUAUCACACUCGCCACUUCUCCACCCCCUGCACCACCAAAGGAGCUUGCAUCUCCCCCCGCUUCCUCUACCCCACCUCUCGACUCACCUGCCAGCGUCCCAACAGCUUCUCCUCCUAAGGCAAGCACCCCUCUGGCCGUGACUCCUCCUUCUGAGGAACCUGCAACACGCUCCAUCCCACUGCCCCUUGUCCUGUCUCAAGAGGAGCAGCCCAAGAACACAGAUGCCAACCAACCCAUUGAGGACGUAGGUGAAACUGUGAGCUCGCCCAAAGAUGCUAGCCAGGGCAACCGGAGCACACCUCCCCCUCCUCCUCCCCCAACAUACAGAGCAGUGGUGUCGUCACCGGGUCCCACAUCUGGAGCUGGUGGCACAAAUAGCGGUCCCUCCUCUCCGGUGCGACCCGCCACUCCUUCGUCAGUCAAUCCCACCCCACCACCACCUCCACCUCGCCCCCCUUCACGGCCCAAACUUCCUCCUGGGAAACCCACUGUUGGAGAUGCAAAUCGCCCGUUCAGCCCGCCGGUCCACUCGGCCAGCCCACCUCCCAUUGCCCCAUUGGCGCGGGCUGAGAGCACCUCCUCCAUCUCCUCCACCAACUCGCUGAGUGCUGCCACCACCCCCACCGUCAGCAAAGAGCUCUCCGUGACUGUGUCAGAAGACGAUGCUUAUGUAGACAAACUGCCCACCUUUGAGAGACACUUUGAUUCAUUUGCAGAGAAUGACCAGCCAUCCCUUGUAUGGUUUGACAGAGGAAAGUUUUAUUUAACCUUUGAAGGCUGCUCCAGAGGGCCCAGUCCUCUCACCAUGGGGGCUCAGGACACUCUUCCAGUGGCUGCUGCAUUCACAGAGACAGUCAAUACCUUCUUUAAAGGAGCCGACCCCAGCAAGUGUGUUGUGAAAAUCAUAGGUGAGAUGGUUUUGUCGUUUCCGGCGGGAAUCACGCGGCACUUUGCCAAUAACCCGUCCCCCGCCGUGCUAACCUUCAGCAUAACCAACUACAGCCGACUGGAGCAUGUGCUGCCUAACCCCCAGCUCCUCUGCUGUGACACUACCACACAAGCCAAGGCCGAUGCCAAGGACUUCUGGGUGAACAUGCCAAACCUGAUAUCCCAUUUAAAGAAAGUGGCGGAGCAGAAGCCACAGGCAACAUACUACAAUGUGGACAUGCUCAAGUAUCAGGUAUCGUCACAGGGCCUCCAGUCCACUCCUCUGAACCUGGCAGUGAGCUGGAGGUGUGAGCCCACCAGCACUGACCUGCGGAUAGACUACAAAUACAACGGGGAGUCCAUGUCAACGCCGAUGGCCCUAAACAACGUCCAGUUCCUCGUCCCUGUCGAUGGAGGGGUUUCAAAACUACAGGCCGUCUUACCUCCUGCUGCAUGGAAUGCAGAGCAGCACAGAAUCCUUUGGAAGAUUCCUGAUAUCUCACAGAAAUCUGAAAACGGGGGUGUGGGAUCGUUGUUAGCACGCUUCCAGCUAACAGAGGGUCCCAGUAAACCAGCUCCACUGGCGGUGCAGUUCACCAGUGAGGGCAGCACCCUGUCAGGCUGUGACAUUGAACUGGCAGGGCCAGGAUACCGCUUCUCUCUGAUCAAGAAGAGGUUUGCCGCAGGAAAAUACCUGGCCGACAACUAACCCGAUGCUACUGAGAACAGCACUGUUGAACAAAACAAUAGCAGUGGACUGAGGUUGACACCGAGGACAGAGGACAGACCGACACCAGACAGACUCUCCAAGGACCUUUUCUGAACCCACACGACAGGUCCGCAGCCUACCCAGCAGUAUUGUAUAACUUGCAUAUAGCAUCGUGGAACUGUUUUAAGUCAUGUAAUUAUUGUAUUUGUAUUCAUUUCAUAACAUCUGUAUUGCUGCAGUUAGACACCUGGGUUCUCCCCUCCUCUAAAGUCUGUGCCUCUGCCUCCAUCCUCCUCUGGUCAAUGUUUGGUGGUGUUUUUAAAAGUUUCACUGCAGCUGCCUGACCGAAGACGUGGACGGAAAGAGUUCCGGCGAGAUUGUAACUCUGGAUGACAUUUGCUGUCCCCAGUCCAGAAAAUUUUGGCAGUAAAAAUACCCUUGAGUAAGAUCUUUGUGGUCAGACAUACACCGCAACCUCGGACACAUCGAAAGUUAGACCGAGUAGAGCUGAACCAGGGCCUACGACAAUACAUAGUAAGUUAUACACCUUCAUUAGCACAUAAGAAAAUCACAGCUCUAUAAAUAUUCCUCCUGUUAGGACCCGGGCUCGAAGCCAGAGAUGGCUGUCCUCAGUGUCUCGCACUUGCGGCGGCUACUUGUGCGGCUUUUGCCGGCACCUGAAUGCGUUUACUGAUGCAGUUUGACACAUGUUGUCACAAACAGAAGAAAGAUGGCGUUCCUCGCUGGUGCUUGUGUGUGAUCGGAUGGCACACAAGGUAAAGUAACUAAAAAUUAGAUUUUCAUGCAUUGCCUACUGGUACUACAGGGUCACAUGACUUUGGAUCACAUCCUUUUUUUAAUAUAAAUGCACUGAUCAGUCAAUCAAACUGUUAUUUUAUUUCUCUGGAAUAUACACACAUGGAGAGGUUUUUAGCAAGUUAGGCAGCUGCAAUGAUAAACCAAUGUACUGGAUGCAAAAUAAGAAUAUGUUUUUUUCCCGUCAGAACAAAAGAAGUAUACAAAGUGUCAUUUUAAAUCAAUAAUAUAUAUCUUAAAGGGCGUUUGGUGUUUUCCUCGUAUUGUCAGAUAACCUUUCUGUUGUUCCCAGGACAGCAGUGUUAGACUCCAGAGUACAUGACAGCAUUCUAUUUUUAUUUAUUGAUGACGAUGAUUUGUUGUAUAAAACCUGUGAUUCUGUAUAUGAAUAGAAUUUGAAUGGUAUCACACAACUCAGAACCCUUAAAGGUAUAAAUAUUUGAGUUUUCUCUUUUCUUUUUUUGUUAUCUGUGUAGUUGGGUAACCUGUGUACAGUAUAAGGUAUAAUUUUUGAAUUUAUUUCAGAUAUAAUUUUUUAACUCAAGUGCAACAGAAGAUUUGAGCUAUAUAAUGGGUGUGGGGGUAAUUUAAAGAAAAAGAUAAAUAUCUUCCUGGAUGCUGUGUUAUGCUUUGUGAAAGCAGUGUUAAUGUAGAGCUAGCUAUACCGUGGGCAAGGUCCACACUGUAAAGAAUCAGUUUGACAUUGUGGGAAAAUAUCCUUAUCCAUGUUCUCUUUGAGUUAGAUGAGAAGAUCAGUACCACUCUCAUGUUAAAUAGGAAGCUGGAGCCAGGGGAUGGUUAGCUAAGCUUAGCGUAAACACUGGAAAAAUGGCAGAAACAGUUAAUCUGGCUCUGUCCAGAGGUAACAAAAUCCACCUACCAGCACUUCUAACGCUCACUAAUUAACACAGUGUCUCUCAAAACAACAACAGUUUGUGGUUUUCUGGGCAAUGAAACAUUAGUUUUUGAGCUUUAGAGGCACCGGUAGGUAGAUUUUUAACAUUGAUAGUUAUGAUGGUCAGUUGUUCCACCAUUUUGGUCCAGACUGAAAUAUCUCAGCAACUAUUGGAUGGAUUGAUGAACUGAAAUAAGUUAGGUGGUCCCUUAACUUCUCCUGUAGCACUACCAGCAGGUCAAAAAUUCAGUUACUACAAAACUAAAGACAUUCCCACCAGCCUCAGCUAUACUUUACUUAGAGCUGAUUAAUAAAUAUUAACAUGUUAACACGCUAAACUAAUAUGUUUAACAUGGCAAACAUCGUACCUGCUAAAUAUCAGCAUGUUGGCUUUGUCAUUGUGAGCAUGUUAGCACGCUGACGUUAGCAUACCAAUACCAAGUGCAGCUCUGCCGAGCUGCUAGCAUGGCUGUAGACUCUCAAGUCUUGUUAGCCCGUUGGACAGAGCCAAGCUAGCUGCCCCCCCCCCCCUGCUUUCAGUCUUUAUUUGUAAGCUGAGCUAGAUGGUUGCCGGCUGUAGCUUCAUGUUUAACAGUCAGACAUAAGAUUGAUAUCAAUCUUCACAUCAAAUUCUCGAUGGGAAAGCAAACACACGGUUUCCCAUAACGCUGAACUGUUCCCUUAAAUAUCAACGAGACAGUGGUGACAAAAACCAUCAGUUUUCCUCCACAAUGGUGACGAAGUUUGGUGAUCAUGGUGCCACUACUGGAACAGGAUUUGUUUACUGGUACCAGCUUGUUUUUUUUUGUUUGUUUUUUGUUUUUUAAUUCAAACCUCAUUUUGAUAAAACAAACAUUCUCAGUUCCCACAUCUACCUACUCAGUAAUCAACUCCGCUUUGACCAUGUGUCAUUAGUUAAGCUUCUCACCUGUUUCGUACCCAUUUCUAUUCACCUCAGUGGUACCUAAACUCCCUGAUUAUAUCAUGAGCACAUCCCCAAUCAUCCAAGCGGCACUUGAAUCCGUGGCUUUAUUUUGCAUAAUCGUUAAUGGUCUCUGUGAGAUGACGUGAGCUGAAUGAGGUUGUGGAGCGAUGUUAAGUCGACCAAAAUGUUUUGUUUGUUUUUUGUUUGUCUGUUUGUUUUUUGUAUUUUAUGUCAGUCAGUCCUCUGUUAAGGAGAAUAAGCUGAAUAUUUUUAAAACGUAUAAAAAUGAAAAAAUAUUAUAUUGUUUAAUGUGAAAAAAAUCACUGUGCUGAUGAUGUUGAAAUUCCUAAAUGCUCUGACACUCAACAUGAAGAACAAAAAGUGUCUUUGAAGUGUUGCCGAAGAUCUCUGUAAUGUACUGUAUUUCGGCAUUCUGCUAAAUGCAACCAGUCAUAGUCUUUUCGGAGCUGUUAUAGACGCAACUUAGUCUGGAUUUAGUACAAGAGGACCAUUGGUCUCACAUAAAUAGUCUUAUUCAAUGAUGUGGUACUUUUUAUUGGAUGUAGUUUUUAAAUGAAUGUGGUUAUUUGGCCACUGAUAAAAGUCAGAUCUGGGCCAUGCAGUUCAAAUUAGCAAUCUCGUUCUUGACCAGAUUUUAAAUUUUUGGUGUGCAGACCCAGCAUAAGAGAACACUGACGUUGCAUUUGUUAAAGUGAGGCGAUGGUGAUUGGUGCCAUUUAGCUCCUGGUAAUACAUUAGGUUGGCAACAUUUUCUUUCAGUCAUGUCAGUCUUUCUUCUAGUUGACUGGAGGAAUCAACAUGCCUGAGAGAAAGUUGUUACCCUCUGGGUGAAUCUUGAAGCCAUCAGUGCAACAGUCACUACAGCAUUAUCUACAGGGGCCCGCCAUACACACACCCCAUAAUGCAUCUCUUUUAAAUUACCGCUACGCUACAGCUUACAGGUCUUUCAGCUUGAAAGGCAGAAUACAAAUCUAUCGGUCUGCUGGCUGCCAGAUUUUUCUUUGUAUCUUCUAAUAAGAAAUUGGAUCAAAACCUGUAUUUUCCAGAUUUUCAUUUCCGUGGUGAAUUUGUCCUGCAGUAAUUCAUUAUUGCAUGCAGAGCAUGCAGUAAAAGGUGGGGCAUCUAUGAUGAUAGAUAGUACUGAAAUGACGUGUUGUGCUGAGUGUCACUUACCUGUAUUAAUGUUGAGAAGAGAGCAGGGAGCGUGUUUAUGUGUGCUAUAAGCCAGAAUGCUUUUUGGUUCUGUACCCCUAACCUCAAACACAUGUGCAAGCUGUUUGUACAGUACAUAACAAUGCUAAGAUGAACUGAGAAACUUAGUAUGCUUCUUUCCAAAACCAAUAAAAGUUAU